UCGAAGUGUUUGGGCCGCUCAGCAGGCUCAAGCAGCGUAGUGAAGUCGCGUCAGCAUUUUAAACAUUUCCCGGGCCGAGGUCGGGGCCGCGGCCGCGCGGAGCUUUCGCUGGAUCGCACAUAAUGCAAAAGUAAUUAUUAAGCGCGUUUCGGCUAAUCGGCGGGCGCGAGGCGUGGAUUAAGGUUCUCGCUUGCAUGCACGUGCGGAAGACCAGCGGUCCCAGCUCCCACAACUUCUGUCCACACGCAUAACAUAUACUCUUACAUUUCCACAUCAUGUUUCCACAUUCUAUGCGUUUGCUGCAACGCUUUUUCGGUGGACGCGCUUUUGGUAGACCUGCUGCGAUACUGUUGCUUGCUUGACUUUAUAUGUUCACACGUACAGCUAACCUCAGACGACAAUAAUAGGCAGUCCGUUGUACUCCGCAACGUGAGCGUCGCCAAGCAUGGCCGCUCAAUCUAGUGGUGGUUCCGCUCGGCGCCGAUCCACAAGCUCUAGCUCAAGUUCUUCUAUGUCUUCAUCGCCACCUGACUCUGGAGGCUGGUCACCUGGCCCGUCACUGAGCGGCCGCGCGCCUGGCACCAACACCCCGCCACUUCCCCCCGGCUCGCUUGGCCCUGCUUCCUCUUCGCGGAUGCUAGCGUCUGGUGAGUGUGUUGCGGCUCACAGCUUCGUUUAUGGGCUACAUUUAAACAAUGUUAUUGUCACAUAGGCGGACCGAGCCAGGCGCUGGCAGCCUUGCAGCAACGCGGACUGCGCAGUAUGAGACUGCGCAGUAUGAUGGCGAAUAUGUCCGGCGAUAGCCCUCUGCCAGGUCCGCCGCCCUCACCUCACACGGCUCCCAGCCCCUUUCCCGACAGCCCUCGAGGUGCUCCCAUGUCAAGGGCGGCCGCUGCAGCUACAGCAGCGGUUGCGAGCUGGAAUGUGGAGGAUAUGGACCUAGACAGUCAUACGGACUCAGAUGACGAGAGCGCCUCAGGAUGGAAACCAGCGAAGUUCUUCAGGAUCUUCGGGCCAUUUGGCGCCUUCUUGCAGAGCACCAGCAACAGCAAACAGCUGCACAAGCCGCAAGUGGUGGUGGUGGUGGUGGUGGUAGUGGUAGUGGUGGCGGUGGUGGUGGUGGUGGGCGAGCAGCAUUAACAGCGGAGCAGGUGGCAAUCGUACGUGCUGCUUAUGCCACAGCAGUG